UAGGCAGGACUGCUCGCAGGCCUCGCGGCGCUUCCGCUAUUAGGGCGACCAUACGGCAAGGAUAAAGAGAUGCGGCAGCCUCCGCGCUGAGCUCGGCGCAGCCCCAGGCCUGGAUUUCAGGAGCCCGUGCGUCAGGAACGGAGGAGGAAUUGCUUCCCUCGGUUCUCGGAAGCUUCUUCAAAUGGUGCUGCAGGCUUAGGUUCUUUUCCAUGGGCGUUGGGCCAGCCAGACUUGAGAUGAAAAUCUUUCUGCAACAGAAGACUUGGGUUUGGUGGGCCUGAUCAGAAUAAUGUUCAACAUAAAUCCUCUGGAGAACCUCAGGGUUUUCAUCAGCAGCCGCCCGCCUCUUGUGGUGUUCAUGAUCAGUGUCAGUGCAAUGGCCAUCGCCUUUCUGACUCUGGGUUAUUUCUUUAAGAUCAAAGAGAUCAAGUCCCCUGAAAUGACAGAGGAUUGGAACACUUUCCUUCUGCGAUUUAAUGAUUUGGAUUUCUGUAUUUCGGAGAAUGAAACAUUAAAGCACCUCAUAAAUGACACCACAACUCCAGAGAAUGCCAUGACCAGCAGCCAAGCUCGACCUUCCACGCCAUCACCACAAACACUUGAAGAUUCUGGUCCUGUCAAUACUUCCGUUGCCAUCACUUUGACACUGGACCCCCUCAGACCCUUUGGUGGCAUUUCCCGGAAUGUCACAAGUUUAUCUUCUACCAUUUUUGGUCACCAAAUUGGACUUUCAGGCAGAGAAGCUCAUGAGGAAAUCAACAUCACAUUCACCCUACCUACUGCCUGGAAUUCAGAUGACUGUGCUCUGCAUGGCCGCUGUGACCAAGUGGUCUUCACGACUUGCAUGACCGUGACAGCCGCUGCAUCAGUUUUUCCAGUCACAGUUCAGCCACCUCACUGUAUUCCGGAAACAUACAUUAACGCAACCUUCUGGUACAAGAUCGUCACAACUGCAAGGGACUCCAACACAAAAUAUGCCCAAGACUACAACCCUUUCUGGUGUUACAAGGGAGCCAUUGGGAAAGUCUAUCAUGCAUUAAAUCCCAAAUUGACGGUUAUUGUUCCAGAUGAUGACCGCUCCCUAAUUAAUCUGCAUUUAAUGCACACCAGUUAUUUUCUUUUUGUGAUGGUCAUCACCAUGUUCUGCUAUGCAGUCAUCAGAGGCAGACCAACCAAAUUGCGACAAAGCAACUCAGAGUUCUGUCCUGAAAAGGUUGCUUUCUCAGAAGCAUGAUCCGUUGCCUCCUUCCUCCAAAAGUGACCAAGUCUGCAAUCAUUGCCUGCUGAACCCAGAAGUGGGUCCUGAUUGGUUAUGGAUUUAUCAUGAGACGUUGGAUUAUUCCAACCAAAGACUUUUAAAGUGCCUGUAAUGGUUAUUUAUAUAAAGAGUAUCCUUGGAACAGAUUAUGCCAGCGCAGCUAAGAUUAAUGGGAGCCCUUUUCUGUUUUCAUUGGAAUGUUUUGUGUCUGUGUGACUCUGCAGCAGAAGGAUUGGAAAGAUGUCUUACUGCAUUGGGACAGUAUAGAUGCCUUUGCGGGUGUCUAAAACAAAGCACCUUAUUUCUCCCAGUGAUCUCUUCAGCGUUCCAGACAGUACAAUUCCAAAGUCACUGAUGUGUUCCACUGAAGUGUGUGUGUA